ACGAAGAACGAGAAAAACCGUGUUUACGUCGUUUCACGGCUGCAUCUACGCUGUUAAUCUCUCAGAAAGCAAUGGUUACAAAGACCAAGUGCCCAGAGUGUGGAGGACAUUAUGUGUCCCUUUCCCACCAUCUGCGGGACCAGCAUGGCAUGAAGGAUGAUAAACAGAGGCGUCUCUUCAUUAGUAAGAAACAUCUAAGAUAUGGUGGGAGACUGAGGUGCCCCAUCAAAGACUGUGGAUCACAGAAAGACUACGCGAGUCUGGACAAGCACCUCAUCUCUGCCCAUGGGAGAACCCCGGGAAAGCGCAUGACAAAGCUCAUGACCAAGGCCAAGAAAGCGGCAAUUAAAGAAAAACUCUGGAUCCUCUACCAAACACCACCACCGCCAGCUCCACCGACACAACCCCCAGGGACUCCAUCGACAAUCCCUGCAACCCAGUCUCCACCUCCACCAGCACUGCCUGCACAAACUGGAGCACUGUCCCCACCACCACCAACCCUGACCUACGUGGUUAAUGGGUUGCACUCAAUUAAAGACAGGCUGAAAAAGCUCUUGGAGGAGGUUGAGCUUCUACAGACUGUGACACAGCAACUGUGUGCUCUACAUCCUGCGACAGCAUCUGCCUUGCAACAACCUGCAGUGAGUACGUCCUCUGCUCCUUACACCCGCAAGGAGGGUGCCGUGGCUGCUCCAUCCUCUACUCCUGACACCCACAGGGAGUACUGGAAAAAAAGGCCACUCCAAAAAUCAGCCAAAAAAAAUUAAUACAAGAUAUUUUUGCUUGUAAUAAGCAAAAAAAUCUGCCAAUGGAACAAGUGAAAAUUCCCUUUGUAAGAUUUCUUGAAAUAAGACAUUAUAUUUAAGCCUUACAAGAUAAGAGUGAUCUUGAAAUUAGCUGGGAAAACUCAUUUUUAGCUAUAUUUGACUAGUAUUGUGAUGUUUUGUGUCUCAUAAUAAGCUUGUGAUGCUCAAAAAUAGUAUUUUCCCCUCAAAAGUAGCAUCUUUUUUGUCACCCUGUUUGUUUCAAGUAUAUUUAACUAAAUUUUAGUUCUAUAAUUGUUACACUGUUCUAUAUUUAAGUCCACCACCUGCUUGAAAUAAGAUUAGAAGCUGGCAUUUUGAGACAAAAUGACUUGAAUUUAGCAUUCAUGACUCGAAUUAUGCAGUGCUCUUUUGCCAUAAUAAACUGUUGACUCUAUAAUGACCAUUGUUAACACACACACUGAUUCCAAUUCCAUGCAACUAUAAGUGCAAUAUCUAUGUGCAAUAACUCAAUUAUUAGUGUGCAAUAUUUAUUGUGUAUGGAAGUCACUCAACAACCUCCAGCCCAUAUUUAUUUUAUUUAUUUAUCUAUGUGUGUAUGUAUAUUUUAUUUUUUACAGCAGCUGUUCUCUUAGUUUAGUAUCUUGUUUUGGCCAUAUUGGUCUUACUUAUAUUUUACUUUCACUUA